CGCAUCCGAUGUAGACUAGAAAUAACGGAAAGACACGAAAAAUCCGCGCAUCGAAUUAAGCACGAUUAACAGCGUACGAUUACCAUCGAGUUGCAAAAAAUUUGCCGUGCCGUUGAAAAUGCAUCGCGAUUCUUAUUCGGAGUACAGGAAAGCGGCCCAAGAAAACCUGCUCGACAUAAACAACAAUUUGAGCGCGAUGCUGCGGGAGAGCUUCGCCGGCAUCGACGCCAUUUGCCAGAAAGUAAGGAUGUGCUUCCUGGAAUCUAAACUGAGUUGCGAUACGUCGGGUACAAAAGACGAAAGGCAGAACUUGAUAGCGGAACAACAUAGCAUACUGGAUAUAUCGACGAUUGAAGAAGACUCGAACGAAGAUAAAGACGACAAUAAAAUCGAAAUGGAAACUGACUAUAAACGAGUUCCGAAAGAAAAUAAAGUGGAAGCGAAGGUCAUACGACAACGACCGAAAAAAAUCAAACCGUUCUUCACCAUAUUAAAUUCUAAAGAAACCGCCGAGCGUACCGGAGGAACACCAGCAAGCCAGACACCAACGAUGCGACAACCUCAACCAACCACAAAACUGAAAGGAUUAUCAGAUGAUUAUAAACGCAGAUCUACAACUUCGACGGUUAGAGGAAAGUCGAUACGACGUAUCGAAGAAACAAAAUGCUGCGCAGUGAGGAUAACGACUCGAGAGGCAGAUCGAUCUUCAGAAAGUGACCCGUCGAGCGUGGAUCAGUAUAUCGGACGAAACGAAUUUCUUUUUGACAGAUUGAGCACAUCGCCCGCAGUUGACGUGUACCGGAAGAAAGCAGCGACCAACCUACACGGAAAGCUAAUUGCUCAGGUCGAAGCCAGUGACAGUCUGGCAUUUUUUCAGAAAGUGAUGACACGAAACAAAAGCCGGAUGUCAAGUAGAAGUCGACCGGCGACUGUGGCCGAAAUGGGACGAAGGACCGGCGUAGGAUCGACGGCCGAGUCGAAUACCAUCCGAUCGGCCAUCAAUUUACCACGCAAAUACGACAACAGUUUAUGGUUCAAUCGGAAAAACCUGGCGAAAACGAGGAAGAAAACCGAGGGGAACGUGUCGAAUCGUAUAGAGCCGUGUUUCCCUAAAACUUACUCGGCGAAUCCCUGCAGGAUGUUGCAAGACCGUCGUCGUCCUGCGACAGCAGAUACAGUCCGUAUCCGACAACUAGACCAUUUCGACAUUUUAGACGAUAUAACGGCGAACGAUUUGGUACCUUUCGAAGCCGAAUAUCCGAGGAAAGACGCGGGAAAAAUACAAGAGAUCGAAAAGAGUCCGGCGUACGGGAAAGUCAAGGAUUCGUUCCUCUACGACUUGGUUUACGGCGAAGAGAAAGAGAACGUUUGGUCGUAUCUAUUCGGGCCGAGCAUCAAGUGUUCCGCGGAAAAUUGCCGCAUAUGCGAAAAGAGUCCGGCCAAUGGGAGGGGCGACGACAUAGGGAAACUACACAAGUACAUUUUUCCGAAUCAAGAUGUAAAAGAGGAAGGCGUCACGAAGGUCUAUACCGUCAUGCCGGUUCACGUGAUCUACAACAAGGCAAGACUCAACGCCGCGACGGCAGAUGGCGCUCAAAAAUUACCGCUCGCGCCAAUGAAGGAAUGCAAAGAGACGCAGAAAAGGGCCGAAUGGUUCGAAACGGGGAAGAAAAACAAACCGAUGAAGGUGGUCUACGACCCGGCCCUCAGACGUAUCGACAAAGAGAUCAAACUGGUCAGCGCCACGCAGGAAAAGAACCCGCGUCAUCUAAAACAUACGCGCACCAAAUCAUGGUCUCCGAAAAACUUUGAUGAAUAUUGUCGGACGGUAGCGGGACCGGCAACUAUGCAAAAACCCAAGAACAUUUAUCAGAGCGAUUGCAUCGAUAUUUUUCGCAGAUCACCGAAGGGGCAAUCGCCCAAAUUGCCAAUGUCGGAGCGAUUCACAGAAAGAUCAAACAUCAAGCCAAAUUACACGUCCCCUUCGCCUUCGGACUAUCUUAAUUUGGACACGCGCGUCUGGACCCAAGAUAACACUAAACCGAUGCCCCGAAAAGCUGUUAACGCCCAAACUAGCGACAAACUGGAAGCAAUGCUAAAGAAGAACGGGAAAAGCGAGCGGGAGAAAAAGCUGUGGGAAAACAAGUACGGGAAAACUCCAGCGCAAAAAUUGACAAAGUUCAUAGAGAACCAACCGGUGCAUUACCAACUGUCCCCACCGAAACACGCGAUGCCUAAUGAGAAGAAAGUUUCAAAAAACCGUUUCCUGUCGCGGCUCUCCGCUGAUCAGCCGUCAGUUCGUCAAAACGCAGUGCUAGAGCAACUGAAAACGUUGAAACAAAAGAACGAUCACGUCAGCUCGAACAUUCAGAAAGCGAUCGAAGUUAUCGAAAACAAGAUGGUGGACAUUCUUUCCAAACCUAAGGCCACCGACAGCGUGGAAGCCUUCGACGAGAUGGAACAAGAAAUCACCAACGUUCUAACCCUCAUGAAAGCGCCAUCUGUCCGGAUAGCGAACACUACCGCGAUAGUGGAAGAAGACGAAGACGCGAAACUCGAAAAUGAAGUUGACGUUUCGGAUCAGUUGAUAAAAAAGCUGGAAAGCAUUUUGAGUUCGGCCGUAGACACUAGCUCGGCGGCUAGUUUGGCGAAUGAUUUGCCAAACGAAACGCUUAAAGGAAAACAGCCCAGCACUACAUCGACGUCAACGGAAGAAACGUACACAGUGAAGCAACGCUACCGAAAACAAACACCGAAAAGCAAAACUCCAAGUGCAAAUAAAAAUUUACCGACGACCAAUAAUUCGCGGUCAAAAGAAAUCGGCGAUCGAUCCAAAUCGGCGGACAUUAGUCGUGCAAAUUUGACUUCUGCUGGAGACCAAGCCAAAACGUUCGAUACGGAAAACAAAUCGCAAUCGAUCGCCACGAUACUGAAUCGUGGCGAUUGCGAAUGGACUGUAACGUCGGACAAAACGAAAAUUGUCGGAAACGAUGCGAACGAGAGAAUACAACAAGAAACGAAAGAAGAUAUUGCCGCGGCCCUUUUAGAAAACAGAACCGUUAGUAGUGAGACGGAAGCAAAUGUUUCGAGCAAGUCUUCAACGACGAUGACAAUUUCCAAAGCAGAAAAAAUUUCGAACGCAUCAUCGAACGAACAAAGCCUGGAAGGCCUAGAAUGCUCGUUGGAAGAACGAACUGAGCAGUCCGCAAGGCAGGCGGAAAAACCUCGGCUGUACGACGAAGUCAACAAGAUCAUUUCUAGGGUGGAGAAUGUCUACAGUCAACUGGAAGAAUUUGAAGAAGAGGUGAAACAUGAAGAACUGCCCAAGGUGUCCACUUUUAAGGACGAACCGUGCGAAAUGGACGUAAAGAGUGACAUGUUCCUUACGCCGUUCAUGCACGCUUUAAAAGACUUAGGGAAACGCAAAGAAAACAACGAGUCCACGGACAGGAGUCCUUCCUAUUAUAACAUCAUUCGUUUCUUAGACACCUUAAGCGACCUAAGGGAAGAUCAGCCCCUUGAAGUUUACACCGCGAGACAUUACCAGUUCCCCCGACAAGUCCACAUUCCCAACACUUUCCACAUACUAGACAUCCAACACAGCUCCCACUACAUUCCUACCCCCACUCUAUCCCAAAUACCACGCCCUAGCGAAUCCCUACCGAUAAUUAAUGCUGCUACCAACAAACAUCAACCCCCUGCUCAGAGAAUGGUUCAAAGAAAACCGAGCGGUUCCGGAAGGCCGGCUAACGCGGUAAAGUUCAAAAAAUCGAACCAACACUUUGCUGUAAAAGCUAGCAAACAAGAAAAAGCGACUCAAGCAACCCCCUGUCCCCUUCACAACACAAGACUUGUAACAGGGCUUAUAGAUAGUACCAAGAGAAAACUGAGCGAGGAAAUUUGUUCCUCUGAAGCUGAUGACACGUCGAUAUUAAUCGACCAGAUCAAUCAGCUGCGUGAGAUUGAGAAAACAAUAGGACCCUUUCACAUGUCAACUGAUCUGCAAAAGGCAGAAUGUCAGUUCUCGGAAUGUUGCAAGGAAGAAGAAAAAUCUGAUACAAAUAGUAACGCAUCAAAGGAGAUUAUAAAGAUAGAAGACAAAAAUCUCGUCGAGAUAUCCCAUCCAACCAUAAUUGAAGGAAAUUACGGAAAACGAGCGAUGCAGGAAGUCAAACGCACCUUGAGUCAAGACGACGCUUCCAAAAAACGGAACAGCUUGGAAAGGCUCAAACAAAAAGAGGAAACAUUCUUAAAGGAAACCGUACUUCAAAGACCGAUUAGACACUUGAACGAUUUCAUCGAUCCCGAGUUGCUCAAGCGCGCGGUACAAGAGAGACAACAAAUCAGAAUGUCGAGGAGGAAAAGUAUGACCGAUAUAGUACAAACGAAAAAAACCAUCCUUAAAUCAGAUGGCGAAAAGCAUAAAGGACAAAAGGAAACGUUACUAAAGGGUGUUUACGCUUUCGUGUACCUGCUGAUGUUUACGGCACUAAAUUUAGAGUACAAGUGUGUUUACUAAUCUUGUAAUAUCUCAAUAAACAUGUAUCU